CGCCUUUUUCUCAACACCAUAAUACACCCUCCAAACCAUCCAUAAUGCCCGUCAAACGCGCCGUCAUCGUCGCACUAGACCCCCUCCUCGUCCGCAUCGAGACAAAGCUCGAAUCCCUCGGUCAAUGGCACCGCGCACAGUCUCUCCGCCACCACGCCGCGACCUGGCGCGGCAAGAGGCGCGAGCUCCACGCCUGGGUGCAGACCUUAAUCGAGAUUGACAUCCGGCUGCGCGAGGUCGUCCAGCGGGAAACCUUCCUACUAGACCAGAUGCGCAUCCUAACCACGAAAGGCGAAAUGCGGCCGCCGGCCGCCGAGGAGCUGGCGCAGGCAGUCGCAUGGCAGGAGGAACUCGACGACCCGGACAUCGAAUACUGGCGGCAGGAGCGGCAGACCUAUGUGGCGGAGUCGCAGUGUCCGUGGGGACCGUUCCUGCGUGGGUUCUUCUCAUACCGGCAACAGCAGAUGUGGUUCCUGGCGGAGUGGUUGACGGCGGAUUGUGCGGGGCGGGGCGGAUGUUGUGCGCGGGGAUGUGGGUGCUGUAAGCGGGAGCGGAGCAAAACUCGAGCGCAUCGGUUUGGACACUGCACGACUAUGUGUGGCUGCUGUCAGCGACGGAGGGGGUUUCAGUUGACGGCGCAGGAUCGCAAGCUGAUGCAGCCACCGCUUAAUCUAGUGGGGGUUGGGGAUGAUACAUAUAGUCGGGGGUUGUUGAAGGGGUAUAUUUGGGGGAUUCCGGUUUGAUCUGUCCUCUCAUUUUACGCUGACUAGAGAUCAGCUAUCAGGGUAUCUUUGGCGGUUCAGUGGUAAUGUCUGUGAUUUUGUGUCGAGUCCUGCCAAUCAAGGGAUGGUGGGAGUUGGGGUGGGCGAGAUUGUUCCAUGUUGGUCAAUUACAUAUCAGAAUGAA